AUGACCCUUCUACGGACUUACACCAGAUCAAUUGGUUAUUUUCGACACCUCUCACACCCCUUUACAUCCUCACCUCUCUCCGCAACCCCUACCUUCCCUAUCACAACCUACCACACAUAUCUCCGACGCACUAUGGUUUCCGCAAUGGGAAAGCGCCUCGAAGGCAAGACUAUCAUCGUUACUGGUGCCUCAUCUGGCAUUGGAAAGAGCACUGCCAAGGAGUUCGCCCGCACAUCCCCCAACAACCUGAAGUUGAUCAUCACUGCGCGCCGUAUCGAAACAUUGAAGGAGGUCGCAGCAGAGAUCAAGCAGGAGGUUGGUGAUGGUGUUCAGGUUCUUCCCGUUAAGUUGGAUGUCAGCAACCCAGAGGAAAUCAGCAACUUUGUUUCCUCUCUGCCUGAGGAGUUCAGGGAUAUUGAUGUCCUUGUUAACAAUGCUGGCUUGGUCAAGGGUGUUGCUCAGGCACCUGAUAUCGAUACCGCAGAUAUCAAGGUCAUGUUUGACACCAACGUGACCGGUCUCAUUAACAUGACCCAGGCCAUCCUGCCCAUCUUCAAGAAGCGCUCUGAUGGUGGCCGUGGUGAUAUCAUUAACAUUGGCAGCAUUGCUGGUCGCGAGCCUUACUCUGGUGGUAGCAUCUACUGCGCCACCAAGGCUGCUGUCCGCUCCUUCACUGAUGCGAUGAGAAAGGAGCUCAUUGCCACGAGAAUUCGUGUUAUUGAAAUCGACCCCGGUCAGGUUGAGACUGAGUUCUCUGUUGUUCGAUUCGGUGGAGAUAAGGCCAAGGCUGAUGCUGUCUACAAGGGCGUCGAGCCAUUGACUGGUGAUGACAUCGCCGAGAUUGUUGUCUUCUCCGCUGGUCGUCGUGAGAAUGUUGUGAUCGCUGAUACCCUCGUCUUCCCCAACCACCAAGCUGCCGCAGGUAUCUUACACCGCAAGUUAUAA